AUGCGCAGCAACGGGAUGCGUGCUGGCGUGGGCUUCGCGGCCGCGCUCUUGGUCCGGGGGGCCGCGGCGAGUGUGAGCUGCUGCAACCAGACCGUCUCCCGGGAUGUCGUCGUUGUGGGCGGCGGUGCGGCCGGCGCUCAUGCCGCCGUGUGGUUGCGCGACCACGGCCACAGCGUAGUCGUCGUGGAAAAGGCCAGUCAGCUUGGCGGCCACACGGCUUCCUAUCACGACCCUGUCUCUGGCAAGUCCAUCAACGUGGGCGUCCAGGCGUGGAUGGAGUACAAGGACACGUUCGACUUCCCCAAGCGCAUGAGCGUGUCCACCAGCGGCGCGAUGCAGUUCACCACCCUCGACUACAACUACGUCGACUUCAAGACGGGCCAGCCUGUUGACGGCUGGGUGGCGCCCACGCCCGACGCCAUGUACCCUGCGCUGCAGAGGUACUUGGACGUCCUCGAAAAGUACGAGGACAUCACCCUCCCCGGCUUCGACAACUUCCCCGAGCCCGGGUCCAUCCCGGAGGACCUCGCCAUGCCGUUCGGUGAGUUCGUCGAGAAGUACGAUAUCGCCGCCGCCGUCCCGCAGAUCUGGGACUCGACCGCCAUGGGCCUGGGCAACACGAUGGACGUGCCGACCUUCUUCGUGACGCAGGCCUCCGGGGUCCCGAUGGUCCGCGCCCUGCUCGGCACCGCCGCCGCCGCGACCCCCGCGUCGGGCCGCCUGUACGAGCUGUAUGAGAGCGUCGCCGAGUUUCUGGGCGACGACGUCCUCUACUCGAGCACAGUCGUCUCAACCAUCCGGCGCGACGACGAGGGCGUCUCGCUGAAGGCGCACGGCGCCGACGGCAGGCUGACGUGCAUCGACGCCAAGCGCCUCCUCGUCGCCUUCGAGCCCACCACCGAGAGCCUGGCCCCGUUCAAGACGGACGAGGCGGAGGAGGAAGUCUUUGACAAGUUCGGCUUCGCCACCGUCUACGCCGGGAUCCUCCGACACCCGUCGCUGCAGCCAGGCGCCGCCUACUCCAACAGGUCGCCCGCGCCCGGGUCGACCAACUACACCGUCUUCCCCCUCGCCUCGCAGGUCGGCAGCAUCGCCUACAUCGGCGGCACCAGGGACCUGUUCCAGUUCACGGCCGUCGGCACCGAGGAGGACACGGCCGAGAGCAUCAAGGCCCUCAUUGCGCGGUCCAUCGACACCAUGAUCGACGCCGGCACCGUUCCCGCGUCGAACGGCACCGUCACCUUUCCGGCUUUUGCGAACCACGGCAAGAUGCACCCCCGCGUGACAGGCGACGAGCUCCGCGCAGGGUUCCUUCGGAAGCAGACUGCCCUCCAGGGACACCGCUCCACCUGGUACACGGGCGCCGCUUUCUCCGCCGGGUUCUCAACGGUCUUGUGGGACUACAACAACGAGCUGUUGCCGAGAUUGGUUGAAGGGAUUUAA